AGUUGCAAAAUAGCUAUAUAUCAAUGUACAACUGCUGAAACCAUUACAUACAAUUUUUAACGAAAAAAGCAUAGUCAAAAGAGAUGAAGGUUGCUGCAAUAUUUUUGGUUCCUUGUGUCCUUUUCUCUCUUCUCCCCAACCACUCGUCACAAGAUGUAUCAAUUUUUCCACCAAUGAAGGAACCAGUGUAUCGACGUUCUAAACAAGUCUUCAAUGGAUCAUGCACAGACAGAGGCAGUCCACGAAUCACUUGUUUCCUUGACUUCUUGGGUGCACGAAGCGCAAGUGAAAUGCCUAAAAACUGCACUUGCACUCCUCUGCCUAAAAAUAAACGUCUUUGUGAAUGUGAAGUUGUUCAACGGUGGUAGU